AUGGAGAACCCCCCAAUAGCAGCACCCUUGGUAUUCGAUGCUUCGCAAGAGUGGGACGGAAACGAUGGGAAAUGGAGCUCCUUCGUUAUAGGAGUUGGAACACCAGCACAAAAUUUUCGUGUGCUCCCUGGGAUUGCAACUGGAGAGAUACUAGUACCGUCAGUCGAAGCGUGCAAACCCGAGAUCCAAGCUACAUGUGGAGUUCAGCGUGGCGCAUUUCCUUUCGAUGGGCACCAGAGCAAUGGAUUCCAGGCCAAUAAAUCGUCAACAUGGCAACAAAUUGGAUUGUAUUUCUUGGAUCUCCGCGAUGACCUGAACUACACUGGUAAAGGUCUGUUCGGGCUAGAGCGCCUAGGUCUAAUGCCACAGAAUCCGAAGGGCCCAACUUUAAGGAACCAGGUCGUUGGAGCAAUUACCGCGGGAGGUCCUCAUGUGGGAGUGCUUGGACUUGAUGUAAAGCCCGCCAACUUUUCCACCUUCGAUUUUCCCCAGGCAUCGCUAAUGACGACAAUGUGGGAUGAGUCAAGAAUCCCUAGCCGCUCAUUUGGAUAUACUGCAGGAGCACACUACAGAUCUCCAAAGGUCCUUGGAAGCCUGACAGUUGGUGGCUUUGACCAAGAACGCUUUGACCCAAACAACAUCACGUUCCUAUUCGACCCUGACGACAGUCAGCCAACUAGCCUACACGUACAGAAUAUAGUCGCGAAGGACACGCUGAAUAGCUCCAUUAUCAACUUACUCGACAAUGUAGCUUACAUGCAGCUUGAUUUCACCGUACCACAUCUUUGGCUGCCGCACGACGUCUGUGACCGGUUCGAGCAAGCAUUCGGGCUCAUAUACGACAGCGACACUGAUCUCUAUCGCGUCAACGACUCAAUCCACGACCAGCUUCUUCAAAAGAACCCAACAGUCACAAUCGGGUUAGGCACAUCGGACCCUCCUCAACGGGUCAAUAUAGAGCUGCCAUAUGGUGCAUUCGAUCUUACUGCAGGUGCUCCGAUAUAUGACAACGACACGAAUUAUUUUCCAAUUCGACGAGCCAACGGUACCAAGUACACACUUGGCCGGGCCUUCUUUCAGGAGGCAUACAUAAUCGUUGACUAUGAGAGAUUAAGCUUCUCAGUUCACCAAGCUCGCUUUCCACAGACGAACAAGCCAAGAGAUAUUAAGACAAUCUAUCCGCCCCAGAGUCUCUCCACAAAUACUUCUGCAGCAUCUACAAAUGGGAGCGGUAUCCCAAAAGGAGCCGUGGUGGGCAUUGUGCUUGGCGUAUCCAUAGGGGCUAUGUUGCUUAUUGCAUACCUUUUUGUCAUUUUGAAGCGACGAAGGACUAAGCGAAAAACUGAUCCGAAUGAUAUGGCUCAGAUACCGCCAACACAUGACGGGGUGCAGGAAUUGCACGAUGAUGACAAAAAGCCUUCAGAGAUCCAGGGAAAUGAGCUACAUGAGAUGGUAGGCUAUCAAAACCGGGAAGAAGUUGAUGGGACCUCGCGCAUUGAAUUACUCGGAGAUAUACCUCGGGUGUCGCGGUCUAUACAUAGUAGCACCGACCUAGUCGAGAAGAGCCGCAAGAAGUAG